GGUUGUCUGACGGUGCCGGUUGGGGGUGUGAUGAACAGUAGCAAUUAUAGUCACAAUAAUACUCCAAAUAUCAGUGGUGAAGUUUAUGGGCUACAGGCUGCUGAUGUGUUUUUUCACAAAGCAGUUUUGGAAACACGGUUUCUGUGAUGUGGUGACGGCUGGGAAUCUCUCGGCUCCAGUACACUGAGAAGAUGUGGAAACCCAGUAUUAUUAAUGACUGACAAUGGCUGGUCGUCAAGUGCAAUCAUGCAUUGGGCAAGAGCAUAGUUAAUUUUUUACAGCCAAAAAUCUCCAAACUGCUGGCAUUGCUCCUCUUCUUUUGCCUAUAUCUGCUUGACAGAGAAGUUAUUGUCAUAUUGCUAUGAGGUGGUAUCGGGUGUGGUAGUAUCUAAUCUAAUUUUAUGACUACAAGUACGAAUACAUGCGCACAGCAUCGGAUACCCGAUGCUGGCAUCUGUGUCGGUGCAUCCCUAGUCUAAACUGGACUCAGGGUUUGAUUAUACCAAUAAUUUGUUCCUCCAGUGAACUAUGGCACAGUUUGUUGAAGACUGUAGCCUGAGGGACUGGAAGGAGGUUGGCUCUGGGGGUUUUGGACAAAUCUACAAAGCCAGGCAUCAUCAGUGGGGUUUUGAUGUGGCCAUUAAACUGCUUCUUCAGGGCGAGGGGACCGAGAAGUCUUUGCUGCGUGAGAUCAAGAUGAUGCGUCAAGUCACCAGCCCGCAUGUUAUGGCCGUCCAAGGGAUCUUCAAGGGUCGAACGCCCUCCUCUGGCAGGUCAAAACAACUUGGUCUGGUCAUGGAGCUCAUGGAGAGAGGCUCAUUGGCCUCCCUACAGGAAGCAUUGAGGGGAACUCCACCCUGGCCUCUGGUCUUCAGACUUGCUCACCAAGUGGCUCUGGGUAUAAACUACCUCCACAGUCUGCCCCGUCCCGUUCUCCACCAGGACCUGAAGCCCCAAAACGUGCUGCUGGACGACGCUCUAAAUGCCAAGCUUACAGAUUUUGGCCUUGCCCGGAUUUCCUGCAGCGUCACACAGGUUUCCAAGGACGAUGAACCACUAGGAGGGACGAUACAUUAUAUGCCACCAGAGGCUUUAAAAAGCACAUCGUACAAACCUACCAGAGCCUUUGAUAUCUACAGUUAUGGGAUACUCCUUUGGUCCAUUGUCACAGGGAAACAACCUUAUGAAUAUGCAAAGCCUGACGUAGUGAUGUUGCGCAUCCCGAAGGGAGACCGCCCACAGCUGGAUGAUAUCAAGGGCAAUGUUGCCGGGUUGACAGAGUUGAAAAGAUUGAUGAAGAGAUGCUGGGAUCAUAAACCUGAACAAAGGCCCAGAGCCCUUGAGUGUACAACUGAGACAGAAAAACUGUUCAAGAUGCACAAACAUGCAAUCAAUAAUGCUGUCUAUGAAGUUCUGAUGAAACUGGACCAAAAGAAAGAAGACGGCAUGGCAGCAGGAGCUCAAGUUCAGAGGGAUCAAAUCGCUGAGGCUUCAGUGGAGGGGACCCAACAGCUCCUGAGAGAAUUGAAUCUGCUUGCUGUUCCACAACAGAGAGUGGACCCUCUCAGGGUGCAGAGGCGUGAUCUGAUGAAAUAUUCCUGUGAACUCACACUGGACACAAACACAGUGAACAGAGAACUCAAACUGUCUAACAACAACAGGACGGUGACACGGGUGGAGGAGUAUCAGCCAUAUCCUGAUCAUCCAGAGAGGUUUGACUGGCCCCAGCUGCUGUGUAGAGAUGGUCUGACUGGUCGCUGUUACUGGGAGGUUGAGAGGAGAGGAGGAAGGGUUUCUAUAGCAGUGAGUUACAGAGGAAUUAGCAGGAGAGGAAACAGUGUUGACUAUUGGUUUGGACGUAAUGAUCAGUCCUGGAGACUCUGGUGCUCUGAUGAUGGUUACUCUGUCUGGCACAAUAACAACAGAACCUCCCUCCCUUGCUCUUCCUCCUCUGUUUCUAGAAGAGUAGGAGUGUAUGUGGACUGUCCUGCUGGCUCUCUGUCCUUCUACACAGUGUCCUCUGGAUCACUGAUCCACCUCUACACCUUCAACACCACAUUCACUCUGCCUCUUUAUCCUGGGUUUGCAUUUGGGUCAUAUGGUGCCUCAAUAUCUCUGGGCUAGAUUUAUCAAGCCGUUUGCGCCUGUUUCCAGGCGUUAAAUGUUCUCAAAGACUGACUUAACCAAUGCGGGCUAUUUACAAACAGGGCACACUUGGGUAAAAUCGCAGAUGCCUGCCACAUGAGCGAGAAGAGACAAGUUGCGCUUUCAAUAUGCGUUUGUGGGAGGGUCAUGGGGAAAGUGGGAGUUCCACCCAAAAGGUGGGAAGAUACGCGUGAAGUGCGCCUAAUAACAUAUUGGUGAAGGACGACAUUUCACUUUGGUUCACAUUUGUCUCACUGAUUGUGUCUUUAAUGUCAGAAAUGUUCUUCUUCUUUAGUAAUGCUGAAAUGAUCUCCUCAGAGAUGAGAACUAGUUGUGUAUAAACUGUAUUGACUUUGAUUUUCACUUUAAUCAUGUUUUAUUGGAGCAGCUUCAGCUGUUAGUGAUUUAUUUCCAAAAAGGUUUAAAAAAGGUUUAAUAAAACAGACUCGAUGAGUUCAACAUGUUUUAACAAAUGUAAAUCUGUUUCAAUUUGAAAUUCAAAAAAUAAAGAUGUUUCCUUCAUA